AUGUGCUCCCGGCGGGAGAAGGGGCUGCUGCAGGCCGGCUUCUGCCUGGCGGCGCUGGCUUGCCUGGGCGCCGGGGCUUUCCUCUACGGCCACUUGCAGCAGAAGGUGCGCGGCGCCGAGGCGCUGGCUCUCAAGCACCGGCAGCAGCAGGAGGCUCUGUCCGCCCAGCUGCAAGUGGUGUACGAGCACAGAUCCCGACUAGAACGGUCCCUGCAGAAAGAGCGAGGGGAGCACAAGAAGACAAAAGAAGAUUUUUUAGUAUAUAAAUUAGAGGCUCAGGAAGCUCUCAACAAAGAGAAGCAAGAUUCGAUGAACAGAUACGGGGCCCUCAGCUCGCAGCACAAGAUCCUGAAGAACCAACAUGAAGAUGUCAAAAAGCAGCUGCUUGACUUGCAGCUGCAACACAACAGCUUGAAACUGGAGCAUCGCAAGACGCUGGAGACCCACAACCAGAAAUACUCUCAGCUGCAGCGCGAGAAGGAGAAUGAAGUCACAAACUUGCAGGAUACAGUCUUUAAACUCAGAGAAGAGAGCAAGCUGCUUCGCAAGGCCCACCAAGAAGUCCAUUCUCAGCUCCUGAAUGCACAGACCCAGAUGGAGGAGUUCAGGCAACUCAAGGAAGCGCUACAGAAGAUGCCCAGUUUUAAGGAAGUCGGAGCUGCAAAGGGGCAACAGUCGCUCCAGGCACUGAAAGAACAGCCCAUGGUGCCAGGCAACAGCCCGUUGCAGCUUGCGAGGCAGAAGGUUCUUGUAGCUAAUGGGGCUAAAGUAUCACUGAGCCCUUUGGAUCAGGACAAGCGCUCGGCUGGGAGCCCCAUGGGAGCACAAGCCUCUGGUAUCAGGAGCCAGGGCGAGGGGACUUUGCCCCAGAGCCAGACCUCGCACAAUGAUGGUCCUCGACCUCCAGGCAAUGUGCUCUUCACCCACCCAUCUCCGCUACGGGAGGCCAACCUACCUCCAGCCGCCAUGCCUGUCUGGCCACAGGGGCACAGGGCCGGCCACGUCAUCCGCUUCACACGCACGGUGAACAGCGUGCAGAACGGCAGCCCUGAUCAGAAGGUGGGGAUGGGCAGUGCGGGGAGAAAAAAUGAGAACCAACCUCCUGGUGGGGGAGCACCUGAUCCGAAACGCCCGUCCACGCCGGAGAAGGUGCAGACUCCCGAGGACCGCCCUUCAGCAGGGAACAAACACGUGCAAAUGCAAAGCUGGCAGGACAUCGUCAACAAAGUGAAUGCCCAAAUGGAUGAAGAACAAGUGCAUAAUUAUCCAAAGAGCCUUCACUUUGACACCCGGCCUGAGCAAGCGAUGCCGAAUGGCAACUUACCGCUGCCCAAUCAGAAGAGAGGGGCAGAGCCUCACAUAGCCAAUCAAGAGGCAGAAAAGGAAGGGACCGACGAUGAGGAACUCGAAAUGGAUGCUGGCAUGAUUGAAAGAGAAGAGAACUUGAACUCUCAGAAGGACACAGCUGCCCAGGAGCCAAUGUUGCCCGAUGAUGCUGCAGACCCAGCCCAGGAUCCCAACAACCAAGGGGAAGACGAAUUUGAGGAGGCUGAGCUGGAGAGACCGGACUUUGAGGAGAAGCCAGGGGCCUUGGACAAGUUCAAGGAGCACAACAGACCGGAGAAGGAGGGGACAAAGGAGAAGCCAGUGAAGGAAGCUGUUGUACCCGAGAAGGACAGGGAAGACCCCCUGGAUGAAUACCAAGAAGAUCAGGAGCAAGAAAUUGAAGACCAUGGAGGGGAGGUGGAUGAUAAUGAUGACCUGGAGCUGGUUCAGGAGCACAAGGACCAUACGGGGCUCCAAGGAGCUGGUGGCAAGAAGGACGAUUACUACUGAGUGCUGGCAGCCCCAGCAGAGAGCAAAAUGCUGUGGGAGCAAGGGACGGCUUCAUAGCUGGAAACCCCUGCGGUGACCUGGAUCCAGCAUUAACCCCUGCUGAGGAGGGGGAGAAACAGGAUGAGAUGAAGCUUGAGAAUGCACAUCCCUUUUGCGGGCAUGGAGCUGUCCACCCCCUGCCCAGCGGUGUAGAAAGGAGAAGCGCGGCUGGACUCGCGGUAUGGCUGAGCCCUGCUGCUUCUCUCUAAGAUGCUGGAUUUCUCCUUGGUUUUUCACACUCUUUUCUUAUUUUCCCCCUGUUUCGGAAGAAGAGUUUGUCUAUUUUUUACUGCCUGGGAUGCGGGAGGGCUGGAGUAUCCGCAGAUCUCCAAGACUCUGCCAGUGGCAUCCGCCUGAGCUGGAUUCUGAGACAUACUUGACUGAUCUGUAAUACAAAGCAGUUGGUCUUUC